CUCCCCCAAACUUUCCAACCACUUUCACAUCUUGCGCCUGACGUCACCUGCUCACGACUUUCCUAGCGAGCUGUCGCUACGCCCCUGCGAAUUUCGAAACAUCUUAAUACAUCGGUUAGCCAAAUUGUUCGCAAGGCUGCAUACCUCACAAUGGCUGCUCCCGCGAAGAUUGACCGUCAAACAACGACGCCCUUCCUGUUGCGCCUCUUCUUCAAGCAGAACUCGUUCCAUAGGCUAGAUGAGUUUGACCCAACACUACCACGUCUCCCAACCAACGUCCAAAUCUACACAUGGCAGAGCUGUAGUCUGCGCGAGCUAUGCACACUGCUCCUCAGCGCAGUACCAACGUUACUACCGCAACCGUACGCUGGAUCACGCAUCGCAUUUCGACUCGUAUACCCAGACAUACAAAGCUCCAAUCGGCCAGGCGCGCCAGGGCGAUUCAUAUCACGCGAUAUAGGCUCCGUCAUUGUAGGCGCGCGACCGAGGGACGAGGACAUUGAUAUGGAAGGCGUCGAGGGAGGAAGUGUCACAGAAGCUCUCAAGCAGCUUGACGGCGACGCAGACAAGACACUGGCGGAUGUCAGGUUUAUGAUAGGCGACUAUGUGGCAUGCGCUAUACUCCCCCCGCUACCCGACGGUAGUGUGCCAGCCGCACCUCCGCCACUCUCUGGACCGGGUAGAGGACCGCCUUCAGGACCGUACGGCGGACGACCGCGCGAGAACGGCUUCGGUGGACGGGGAGACUAUGGCGGCUUCGGCAGAGGUGGCAGGGGUGGUGGAAGCAGAUUCGACGAUCGAAGAUUAAGUGGAGGGGGCGUACCGUUUGGUGAAUGGAGGAGAGGCGAAGCUCCACCAGAUCGAGAGCUAGGCUUUGGAAGAGGGGGCAGAGGGGGACGAGGAGGUGGAGAUGACUGGCGCGAUCGAGGCAGAGGACGGGGACGAUGGUAGUACAAACCUCCGACUAUGAGUUCAUGACGCAGUUGCGGAGACUCAUAGAAGGCUCUGGGGCCGCACGAGCUGCGGGCGCUCCCAAGCCAAUAGCCGUGCGAAACAUACAGUCAUUGUUCGAAACAAUACCACUAUUUGC